CAAGUAUUUUGAGGUUAUAAUAAAAUUGACAGUCACUGUGAUCCAUCAAAUAAAUAAUUAUAAUUUUAAAAAUUUCCUAACUCUGUAAGUCAGUAGCAGAUAUUUGGUAUUACAAAAUGGACAAAGUGCUAAUUUUUGGAUCAACCGGAAUGACGGGCAUUUGUACCGUAGAAGCGGCAGUUCAAAAAGGUUUAAAUGUAAGAGCCUUUGUGAGAGAUCCGUCUAAACUGCCCGACCAUCUCAGAAACAGCGUUGAGGUGGUACAGGGCAAUGUAUUGGAGUAUAAAGAUGUGUUAAACGCUAUAAGGGGGGUAACAGGAGUUGUAGUUGUCCUGGGUACGGGAACUGUUUUAACACCUACGACAGAUUUAAGUGAAGGAAUGAAGAAUAUCGUCAAAGCCAUGAAGGAGCUGAACGUUGAGAUAGUCUCAGUUUGCUUAUCUGCAUUCUUGUUUUUCGAGCCGGAAAAAGUACCACCGAUGUUUAGGGAUGUUACCGCUGAUCAUCAGAGGGAAUACGAUGUGUUGAAGGAGUCUGGACUAAAAUACAUCGCUGUGUUUCCGCCUCACAUAACAGAUCAGCCCGGUACCGAGUAUGAGGUCCAGUAUGACGCAUCUCCAGGUAGGGUAAUUUCGAAACACGACCUGGGAAGGUUCUUAGUCGAUUCUUUGACACUACCGGAACACUACGGAAGAGCUUGUGGUGUUUGCACCAAACGUUAAUGUUUUCGUUAUUCCUCACAUUUUCAUAAAACAACUUACGUGCUUGAGAAUUUUAGAUAAAGGGACCACAUCAAAGAUGUUUGCCAAAAAUUAUA